CACUUGGAGAACGGUCUCAUAAUCGGCUGACAAUUGGAAAAUUGCUAGAAAAAAAAUACAUUUUAUGGAAAAUGUGCUUAAAAUUGAUUAUUUUCGUGGGGAUCCUAGCCCUGGUCAACUGUGAAGUUAUCAUUGGCCAAGACGAACUGGUUGACGAAAUCUCAGGACUGUACACAAUCGAAGGACGUGUUUCCCCGCCCGAUUCCAUUUUUCCACCGGCUCACGGAGGACAAGGUGCUCCGGUAAAUAAGGAAGGCCCUAAAUGGCAAACGGAGGUAACCCUCUCCAUCAACGAUGGCGAGUUCAAAGGAUUCGUGCGUGAGGACGGCCAGUUCAUGAUUAGCGGUGUGCCCUCCGGAAGCUAUAUCCUGGAUGUCCACCACCCGGAUGUGUUUUAUGAACCGGUGCGCGUCGAAAUUAACCCCAAGGGAAAGUUCCGCGCCCGCAAAGUGAACUUUGUCCAGCCGGCACAAAUUAUGCAGGUGCCCUAUCCACUGCGAGUCAAGCCUCUGAUGCCUUUCAAGUACUUUCAAACCAGGGAGCAGUGGAAGAUCACCGACUUCCUGUUUAGCCCCAUGGUGCUGAUGAUGGGACUGCCCCUACUGCUUGUGCUGGUGCUGCCAAAGAUGAUCAACGAUCCCGAGACCAAGAAAGAGAUCGACAAUCUUCAGUUUCCCAAGAUGGGCAAUGAUAUGCCCGAGAUCAGCGAGAUGUUGACCUCCCUGCUGACGGGCAAGCAGCCUGAGCCCAAGGAGAAGAAGCCUGCUCCGGCCGCAAGGCAGACUAAGAAGCGCAAGGAGUAAUAGCUGACCACCAGGGCACGUUUAGCCUUAAGCAUAUAGAGAGCCCCAAGCUCGAUAGUCAAGUUCGAGUAAAUAGUAAAUUUCCAUUCUAAGCCA